GAACAACUUAUCGACUUCUCUCUUCUUCAGACAGUACAACCCGAGAAACCACAAACAAAUCACAAUGGGAUCUGUAUUCAGCGCCAUCGGUCGGGGUAUCAACUCUAUCAUUUCCGCUAUUGCGAAUGUGUUCAUGACUAUCGUGAGCGCUAUAACUUAUGUAAUCGUAACCAUCUUCGACGUCAUCACCGACAUCCUCUGCUGCCGCUGCUUCGGUAGCAGACGAAGCAGUCGGCGCACUGGACGUACAAAGUUUAGGAGGUUUGGUGGAUCGAGGAGGCGUGGGGCGACGUAUUAGGGUUUGUGCGUGCUGAUUGGGGACGUGCUUGUUUUGUGUCUCUUGACUCUGGACUGGACGGAUCCAACACGGAUUGAAACACGGACGUUUUCUCUUGAUGAUACCAUAUGAAUCUGUACUCUAUAUUUACGACUAUUCUAAUUUUGACAUGAUUCGGACUUUG